AUGUGUCAGUGUAGAUCAGACUGCAUUGAAAAACCUAUAUCUUUGGGUUUCAAAUGGCUUGGACACCUCAUAGGAAGACACCCAUGGUGGUUUUUGAUUAUUCCUUUAUUCAUUUCGGCUGGUCUUGGAGCUGGUUUUCACUUUUUGAAUGAAAGAGAGGUUGAUGAUAUUGAGGACCAGUUUACUCCAGUGAAUGGACUUGCUAAAAAAGAGAGGGCUUUUGUUCAAGGGCAUUUUCAAGAAGGUGAAGAAUUUUCCCAUUUAAGGCUCUCUACAGAAGGUACAUAUGCGUCUUUGAUUGUAGCGAGCUCACAUGCAAAAGGCAUAUUAACAACCGAAGCAUUCAAAGAAAUACUUGACCUGGACAGAAGAGUAAAAGAAAUUACAGUACAAAACAUGUCUUUUGGCAACAUUUGUGCCAAAACGAGUGGAGAGUGUAUGUCAAAUCCAAUAUUAGAUAUUGUACACUACAACGCCAGUAAAAUUGAAUCCACUGUUUUGGAGUACCCAAUACACAACACUGGAGAACGGAAGAUUGCUUUAGCACCUGGAGUUGGUGGUGUUAAGCUAAAACAGAAUACUGUGAAUGAGAUUGACCACGCGCAGGCAAUCAGACUUUUUUACUUCUUAAAGGGGGAUCCAGAGACUGAAAGUUUGUGGCUACAUGCUUUCCUGAAAACGUUCUCAAAUUCUACAGGACUUGAAACAGUUUCAGUGUCAUAUUUCACAUCGAUAUCGAGGGAAGAAGAAUUUAAGAAAAAUUCAGACAGCGUGAUCCCAUUUUUCUCGGUUACAUACUUUCUGGCCAUUACCAUCUCUAUUGUUUCAUGUUUAAGCCUAGACUGUGUGAGAAAUAAAGUAUGGGCAGCUCAAGUUGGGGUGCUUUCUGCUGGCCUGGCUGUUCUCUCUAGCUUUGGGCUAUUGCUGCUCUGUGGAAUGCCCUUUUCAAUGGUUGUAGCAACAGCUCCAUUUUUGAUUCUGGGUAUUGGUGUGGAUGACAUGUUUAUUAUGAUCUCCUGCUGGCAAAGAACUAAAGUUCAUCUCAAAGUUGAAGAACGUCUGUCAGAGGCAUAUGAGGAUGCAGCUGUUUCUAUCACUAUCACCACACUGACUGAUGUUCUAGCGUUUUACAUUGGUCUUUUGACUCCUUUCCGUUCAGUGCAAUCAUUUUGCAUGUACACUGGUACAGCUGUUCUAUUCUGCUACAUCUACAACAUCACUUUCUUUGGUGCCUUUUUGGCAUUAAACGGUAAGCGAGAGGCGAGCAACAGGCACUGGCUUACCUGCAUGGAGGUAAAGCAGCCACAACCAAAUGAGUUAGAUGAUACAAAUGACUCUAAAAGAAACAUUUGCUGUAUUGGUGGAACCUAUGAUCCUGUCACUGGUACUGAGAAGGAAAUGCCAGUUGACACCUUCUUUAAGAAGUACUAUGGUCCUUUUCUGACAAAUAACCUGACCAAGGCAUGUGUAAUGUUUCUCUAUGCUGGAUACUUGGCUGCCAGCAUCUAUGGUUGCUUUCAGAUACAGGAGGGCAUUGAUCUAAAAAACUUAGCAGCCGAUGGCUCAUAUGUUGGUAGCUACUAUGAUGAUGAAGAUAAAUAUUUUACAGAGUAUGGUCCUAAUGUUAUGUUGGUUAUAAAAAAUAGUUCAUUUCCAUAUUGGGACAAUCGUGCUCGAGAGGAUCUUAAUUCAUGCCUUCAGAGAUUUCGAGAUCUAUCCGUGGUUUCGGAAGUGCCAUCAGUAUCUUGGCUGCAUUCAUUUAUGAAUGUAUCUAAUUUCAAUGAUGAGAAUGAAUUCAAAAACCAGUUAAAUGAAUUUCUUCAAAGGUCAAAUUUCAGUCAGGAUGUUAACUUUACUAACAAUAACAUUCAUGCUUCUCGAAUGUUUGCUCAGACAUGUAACAUCAGUACAGCUGUUGAUGAAAAGGAGAUGCUGAAUGAUUUCAGAAAAGCUGCUGAGAACUGUAGAACGUCAGACUACGUCGACCUAUUAGUGUACCAUCCUGCAUUCAUCUACUUUGACCAAUACACUGUUAUAGUUAGCAACACCAUCCAAAACAUCAUUGUUGCUACUGUGAUCAUGUUAUGCAUUUCUCUCCUGUUGAUUCCAAAUCCUGUCUGUUCGCUAUGGGUGACCCUUGCUAUAGCCUCUGUAAUAACUGGUGUGGCAGGUUUCAUGGCAUUGUGGGAUGUUAAUCUUGAUUCCAUAUCCAUGAUCAAUCUGGUCAUAUGUAUUGGCUUCUCUGUGGACUUCUCUGCUCACAUUUCUUACGCAUUUGUUUCAAGUAAGAAAUCCUCUGGUAAUGAGAGAGCAAUAGACGCACUAUAUAACCUUGGUUACCCAAUAAUUCAGGGAGCUGUGUCAACAGUUGCAGGGGUGGUGGUGCUGUCUGCUGCUCAGAGCUACAUCUUCAGAACCUUCUUCAAGAUCAUGUUCCUGGUGAUCUUAUUUGGCGUAGCUCAUGGCAUUGUGUUUAUUCCUGUGUUUCUGACCUUCUUCGGAGUAUGUUGUCAGAAAUCUGAUGUCAACAGCGGUCCUGAUGAAGGGUUAAAACAACAGCAUGCAGACAACAAUCAACAAACUUAUGAACAAUGA